UGUGCAGCACUUGGUCAUUCUGAUUAGUUCAGUCUUUUGAAUUUUCAUUUUUGUUUGUGUUUUUCUUUCAUUCAGUUUGAUUUUUUGUUUUUUCAAUUUUCCAAACGAAAAAAAUGGUGAAAUAUCUGAUCAUUGGCAUCGCAGUUAUGGCGUUUGGUGUGGUGAUACAUGCCCAGAAUAGCUGCCAUCUUCGUGAAUUGGAUCUGUGUGUUGCAUCCGGUUUGGCUUCUGGUCAGAAUCUGCCAACCACAGUGGCCGAGAUCAAUAAACAAUGCCAAGGCUUGAAGGAAAUGAAUGACUGUAUUGGAAAUUACUCACGGCGUUGUUCCACAAAAUCGAUGCGAGAAUUUCUCCGUUCAAUCACCACACAAGGUGAUGUGCAAUCAUGGCAUCAGAAUUUCUGUGAAAAGGAAAACUCAGAAGAACGACAACAAUAUCUCAAACACGCAACAUGUUUGAACCAGGCGCAAAAAGAAGCCCGAACCUGCAUGCGUGAUUUGACCGUAGCAUUGGAUCGUGCCAUCAACAACGAUGUGGAAAAACGUAUUCCAGAAAUGUGCUGUGCCGUACGUCGUAUGCGCAAAUGUAAUGAUGAUAUUGUGGAAAACAAAUGCGGAAAAGAGGGCAAAAAAUACAUGAACCAAAUGGUGCAAUCCAUUGCCGGAACACGAUUGCCAGAAAUUGCAUGUCGCGAUUUCGACCCGACCAGCAAGAAAUGCACAUCGAUUCUACCAGCACCGGGAACGAAAGCCGGCAAUACUCGUUCGAAUUCAGUGCUUUCACGAUUGUUGAACACUUAUUCAGCCUUGUAAGCUCGUCAGCGGAUGAUAUCCACUCCAUCUUGCUUAUCAACAAAUUGAUUAAUUUUUGAUUUUCACCAAUGAACGUUACCUAUUUCGAUUCAUUUUUGAAUUGGAAAUUGAAUUCAUCUUUUCGCCCCUUCUCACCAUCCGAUGACCAACUUGGAUUUGGUUGUUUGUUUCAUGUUUCCAUUUUUCGCCACA